AUGGCUCUUGGCGCAGCAGCUGCCCCAUCCAACUGCGUGCCCGCUAUUAACAGUGAACGGCUGCUCAUCCAGCCCUGCUUCGGGAAGGAUGCAUGUUUAGACAACACCACUGCCGCAAACAGGUUUCUGGGACAGCAUUCAGCAGUCCGUAGAGGAUGCUUAAUCAGGCGGCGGGAGGGCGGCGGCGGCGAGCAGCGGGCGGCGGCCAACGCCCGCGAGCGGGACCGCACGCACAGCGUUAACACGGCCUUCAGCGCCCUGCGCACGCUCAUCCCCACCGAGCCGGCCGACCGCAAGCUGUCCAAGGUGGAGACGCUGCGCCUGGCCUCCAGCUACAUCUCGCACCUGGCCAACGUGCUGCGCCUGCAGGGCCCCGCCGCCCCGCAGCCCUGCCCGCAGCGCCCCAUCUGCACCUUCUGCCUCAGCGAGCAGCGCAAGCGGCACCGAGAGGCCGAGGGGCCGCGGGCGGUGUGAGCUGCAGGCCGAGAAGCUCCCGGCGGAGGGAAGCGGACUUGUGCACAGCCCUCCAGGAGUUACUUCUUACGCCCCUCGCGCUUCUGUUCGCGCUGCAGCAGGUUUGUUCGGGGGCACUCGGCGCACGAAACCGAACACUGCGGACACGCUUGCACCUGGCACAGCAGCUAUUUUCGCGCAAGAAACGUUAAACCUGAGCAUCCCGGCCCCGCUGCCUCCCCAACCUGUGUCACAUGAUGGAACUUGACCUGCCCCGCGCACCGCUGGCAGGGGCUGACACGAGGCCGCCCACUCCUCCCCCGCCUGACCCCAUCAGCAGCCCGGGGAAGGUUGCUUUGGGGUGUGGGAAGCUCCCACUGCCAGCACUUGGUGUCCCGGCCCAGCAGCACGUGAUGCUUUCUGCUUAUGAACACAGAGACUUGCCCCAGCCCUUCAAAUAGCAGCAGGUGUUCCAUGUCUGGCAGCAGCUGAGGAGUGGAGGGGGGUUCCCGAGGGCUCUCUAAAAUUAUCCAUCGCCCAGGCCGUGCCCGUGUUGUGCCUGUACAACACGGAUGGCACCUGUCCCCAUGCAGUUUAUUAACUUACUUACUCCGUGUGCUUGCUUUUUAACAAGUUUAAAAAGCAGAUGCGCGUGGGAUGGCUUUUGUCCGUGAAUAAAGUGUCAGGCUAGACAGACAAGGCCCACUAGUGGUGGAUUUCAAAAAGGCAUGUAGCUACUGCCUUUCACUUAGUUAUACACACAAUCAUAGAAUCCUUAGAGGGGGAAGGAGCUCUGAAGGCCAGCUAGUCCAAGGCCCCUGCAGCGAACAGGGACACCACAGCUAGAUCAGGUUGUCCAGGGCCUUAUAUAUUUAGCUAGCGCUUUAUUAUUCUUAACUUUUUACUUCACAAAGCACUUCUUACUCUUUAAAAGCUUCCAAACUGUACUACUCAGAAGUGCUCCAAAAGGAGCUGCCCUUUUUGCCUUGCUGAUGCCAGCUGUUCAGUUCUCCUCCACAGCCAAAUUUGGGGGCUGAAGAAGCAGUGCCAUACAGAAUUUUCCUCUCCCUCACUGGUGAGGCCGUACCUCGAGUACUGUGUCCAGUUUUGGGUCCCCCACUACAAGGAAGACACUAAGGCCCUGGAGCAUGUCCAGAGAGCGACAGCAGAGCUGUGAAGGGUGUGGAGCACAGGCCUACAGGGAGCAGCUGAGGGAGCUGGGAUUGUUUAAUGUGGAGAAGAGGAGGCUCAGGGGAGACCUUACACUCUUGACAGCUCCUGAAAGGAGGUUGUGGCGAGGUGGGGGUCGGCCUCUGCUCCCAGAUAACAGCAAUAGAGUGAGAGGUAAUAGCUUUUAAGUGCUCCAGGGGAGGUUCAGGUUGCAAGUUAGGAAUUUUUUUUUUUUUUUUCCUCAGAGUGGUAAUGCACUGGAACAGGGAGGUGGUAGAGGCACCAUUCCUGCAGGUGUUCAAGAGAAGGGUGGCUGUGGCAGGGAGAGACAUGGUCAGCUGGCACGGUGGGGGUGGGUCGGUGGCUGGACUAGAUGAUCUUAGUGGCCUUUUCCAACCUUAAUGAUUCAAAGCACAAAGCCAAUUCUGGCAUUUUGUUACAGAGAACUAUUAUUAUUAGCAACAACAUCAUCUUGGUGUAUUGCUUGUGCAACAGUUUUCUUUUUCAGCUCCCCAGUGCACACUGCCUGCCUUAUUUUCACACUGAGGAAAAAACCAAACGUGGUACCUAGAGAACCUGCACUACAUUUCUUGCUUAAAAUCCCAGUCAAAAAUACUGAAGCAAAGCACUAGUGAACCCACAUUCUACUCACUUACUAAAAGCUACAUGCUAUAUUUUGCUGGACUGAGAAGAGCUUAUUGGCUUUAGGAGUUUUCCAUCGUUAUUUUUUCUUUUAAAUUGCUGCCAGAUUAUGAUCUUUGUUUUGCUUUGGCAUUGAUUCUUGAAGCUGGAACUCCUUCCUGUUUAUACAGAGUGCUUUCUCAUUUUUGGUAUUGUGUCAAUGUGUAUGCGGGUAUAGAUUUCUACAAACAUGUCUUCCAAACCUGAUUUCUUUUGUAGGUUUGAAGAAGUUUGUCUUUUAAAAACUUCCUUACUUUAUAAUUGAACCUGAUCUUAGAGCAAGUUCUACAUCCAUUAAACCAAAGCAUCUGAGCUGCUUUACAGACAGUACUAAUAUAUUCAUUUAGUUGUAUAAUUCAAUGUAAUAUACUGAAAUGAAAGAAGUAAUGCAAUUUCGAACAACUUUGGGUAAAUUUUGUAUUGAUUAUGCUCUGAAUUUUGCAGUGUUGUGAUGUCACACUGGUUACAGAAGUAGCUCUUAGCCUAUUAAAAUACAUUGCACUUGCCAUCUCUACAGCUAUUAAAAGAAGUGAGCAUAAAAUAAGCGAGUACUACAGUGAAAAAGUGAACAUGAGAGCUCAUUGCUUGAAGCUCGUGAAUCAUUCUCACAAUUCUACAGGAACUUGAUUUUUUCACUGUAAAUGAGUUUUCAUCUCUCUAGUUUUAUGUGAGAUUUAUACAAAAUAUUUUUCAAUAAGAAAAGCAGGAGCAGGCUGGUACGACUUGGCCGUAUCUCCUGCUUAAAUCAGCUCUGUGUAGCUUUAAAUUCUUCCCUCUCUACUCAGGAUGAACAGUUGAGUUCAGCUGGGCUUGAAGAUUUCAGUAUUAUGCUCAGGGUUUCAAUUACUAAAUAAUAUUGGAAUUUCAGUAACACUGAUUGAGUGCAGCAGAAAUUGGGCCCCAGAGCACUGUGGCCCAAAUAUUCAUGGUAUAGACAGAUAAUACUUAUCCAAAACAAUUAUGGUUGUAAUUUCUCUGAGGAACAGACCUUAAGCCCACACAUAUACAAAUUUAACACUAUGCAUUUGUACAAAAAUGGGGACAGAUCCUUACCUUCCCUGAAAUAUAUUUAUAAUUUAAAAUUUCCCUGCCCCCAGGAGCGAGAAGAGGUAGAGGAAGUGAACUGUUACGCGUAACAUAAAUCCUAUAUGCCCCUAAUAAACCCUGGGAAAAAGAGUUUAAUUUCUAGAGAGACAGAUGAAUUGAGUUCUCAGAGUUCACCUCUAAAGAGGUAAGCACUAGCUCAACUUUUUUUUGAGAUCUUACUGUAUGAAUUCCUGUAUCUUAUCAAUUGUAUUAUGUUAAUCAUUUGGUAGAGAGGCAUUGUUCAUGGCAUGCACAAAUAUGCCUUUAUGAGACAAAACUGUGAAACCUGAGAGUCUAACAGCAAGUACUUUACCAGAUGUUCAGGCACGGGAAUGACAGGAGCUCUUCCAGAGCUGCUGAGCAUCCUCUUGUUUUACCAAAGAGAUUGGUUUUUCCACCUAUUUGUAGGUACAUUCUGUUCUGUAUGGAAGAACAGAAGGAUGCCUAAUGCCCAUUCUGUCUCUGUUUUCUUGUAUUCACUCGGCCAUUCAGUUUACAUGAUGCAUAAGUAAAAAUGGUGAGAUAUCCACCAUUUGCUCUUAGUUCCCAUUAAGCGACUGGUAAAAUAUUCCAAGCAUAGUACUUGGUAUGAAUCAUUGUAGUUAGUCUGCUGUGUUACAGUAAGAACAGCAUCAAGCAAAAAGAAUAAACUGCAUUUGAUUGUGCUGGUUAAGUUUAAAUAACCAAGUACUAUGUUCAAAUACUUAUCUAUAGAUUAAUCAUAACGUUAAGGCAGUGUAUUUUAAUGUUUGCUACUAUUUUCGGUUCUGUUCUCCAAAACAGAAGUUUUCUUUCUAAUAACUUCUUGAAUAAUGUGCUUCUUUACAAAAACCUGUAUUUGUGUGCAAAAUCUGCUCAUAUUUGCUAAAAUAAAUGGUAUUUUUGUUACUAAUUUAAACAAUAAAAUAUGAAUAUU